GGGCUAAGAGAUAAGUGUUCUAUGUCUGGGCUGGCUAAAUAAAGCUUGAAACCUGUCGAGAGCGUACAUACUUCUUACCAUAUUCAUACACACAUAUAUUUGAUAGCGGAGUGUAUAAAUUGGCGUGUCGGGUAAUUGUGAAAAUCAGUUUGCAGCGUACUGAACAGGUGGUGAAACGUAUCUAGCCCAGAAAUGGCACUCAUCGAAGUUUGUCUGGCCCUUGUGGUCAUCGUUUAUCUCGUCUACAAAUGGAGCACGGCCACCUUCAAAACCUUUGAGGAAAGGAAGCUCUACUUCGAAAAGCCAUACCCCUUUGUGGGUAAUAUGGCAUCAUCGGCCUUGCAGACGGCCUCCUUCCAGAAACAAAUCACCGAGUUCUACGAACGCACUCGUCAACACAAACUGGUGGGCUUCUUCAAUAUGCGCAUUCCUAUGAUCCAGAUAAACGACCCGGAGCUGAUCAAAAAGAUCUGCGUAAAGGACUUUGACCACUUCCCCAACCACCAGCUCUUCAUCAGCUCCAAUGAGCGCCUGUUCAACGACAUGAUCACUGUGAUGAGGGACCAGCGGUGGAAGCACAUGAGAAACACCCUCACUCCGGUCUUCACGGCGGCCAAGAUGCGCAACAUGUUCACCCUGAUGAACGAGAGCUUCGCGGAGUGCAUGCAGCACCUGGACGGCUCAUCGAAAACCCUGCCGGGCAGGAAGGGCUUUGAGGUGGACAUGAAGGUGCUGUGCAACAAGCUCUCCAACGACAUCAUCGCCACUACCGCUUUCGGGCUGAAGGUGAACUCGUACGACAACCCGAAAAAUGAGUUCUACGAGAUCGGACAGUCGCUGGUUUUCUCCCGAGGACUUCAGUUCUUUAAGUUCAUGCUGUCCACCUUGGUGCCAAAGAUUUUCAGUCUUCUGAAGCUUUCUAUUUUCGACUCCGCCAAGGUUGAUUACUUUGCUCGCUUGGUGGUGGAAGCCAUGCAGUACCGCGAGAAGCACAAUAUCACCAGGCCCGACAUGAUCCAGCUUCUGAUGGAGGCCAAGAAUGAGUCGGAGGAUAACUGGACGGACGAUGAGAUCGUGGCCCAGUGCUUCAUUUUCUUCUUCGCCGCCUUCGAAAACAACUCCAAUCUGAUCUGCACCACCACCUUCGAACUGCUUCACAGUCCCGACGUCCAGGAGCGUUUGUACGAGGAGAUAAUCGAGACCAAGAAUGCUCUGAACGGUGCAUCCCUCACUUACGACGCCGUGCAGAAGAUGACCUACAUGGACAUGGUCAUCUCCGAGUCCCUUCGAAAGUGGACUCUGGCCGCCGCCACUGAUCGCUUCUGCUCCAAGGACUACACGCUCACCGAUGAUGAUGGCACCAAGCUGUUCGACUUCAAAGUAGGCGACCGGAUCAACAUUCCCAUUUGCGGGUUGCACUGUGAUGACCGCUACUUCCCGGAACCCAGGAAGUUUGACCCGGACCGUUUCAGCGAAGAGCGAAAGGGUGACAUGGUGCCCUACACCUACUUGCCCUUCGGCGUGGGUCCUCGGAGCUGCAUAGGAAACCGAUAUGCCUUGAUGCAGGUCAAGGGUAUGCUCUUUAACCUACUUCUGCAUUACAAGAUCGAGGCUUCCCCAAGGACCAUCAAGGAUCUGUGGGGAUCGGCGCGUGGAUUCAAUUUUACUCCUAGGUCCGGAUUCUGGAUGCACUUGGUGCCGCGAAAAUAAGCUGACUGAUCGGUUAUCUGCUCAGAAAAAUAUACAUGAUUUACUUAUUGUUAUGAUUUAUACACAUUGAUUGAUAUUAUAAAAUAAAAAAAAGAA